AUGGGAUCUCUCACAAUCAGGGGCCUGGAGACUCUCCUACAGAGUUUGGGAUUGACAGUUCCUAUCCCUGCAUUUUCCGCCGCGAAUGUCGUGGUCAAUCCGAUCGACAUAUACCGAUGCUAUGUUGCUGAUGUCGUGAAGCAGGCAGUGGGGUGUGGGGAGGACAUUGCCUUCAAUGCAAUUCAACGGACACAGGUGUUGGCACAUGGCGAUGUGGCCCUGAUUGCUGCGCGCCUUCGUCUGAAAGGCGACAAUAUAGGUCAGGUCGCCGCCUACCUGUCAUCGAAGUUGUUUGCACUGCCACUCAUUUCUUGCCCCAGCUCCAAAAGUGUCUUCAUUCCCAUACAUUUCAAUGAAACUAUUCUACCCCGCCUCAUCCUGCCGUAUAUUUUCGAUCGUCGACAUUUAUAUGGUCAGGAUAGGUUUACUGGAUUGAGAGACGCAAAGAAUGAGGCGGCUGGCCGAAAGAAAGUAAUUGUGGAGUUUUCGUCACCAAACAUCGCGCAAGAGUUCCAUGCAGGUCAUCUGCGCAGUACAAUCAUUGGUGCUCAUAUCUCGAACCUCUACGGAAGCAUGGGCUGGGACGUUCUCAAGAUAAACUAUCUCGGUGAUUGGGGAAAGCAGUUCGGGCUGCUUGCUGUUGGUUGGCAGAAAUUUGGCUCUGAAGAACUGUUCCAGAAGGAACCGCUGAAACAUCUGCUUGAUGUAUAUGCAAAGAUUAAUGCCUUGUUUAAUCCGGAAAAAGAAGCAAGCAAGAACGCCAGAGAAAAUAGUGAGGACACCUCAGAAAUAGAGAGCAAGGGAAUUAAUGCUGAACGGAAUGCAUUUUUCAAGAGAAUGGAGGAUAGAGAGCCGGCAGCGCUCAGAUUGUGGAAGCGAUUCCGGGAUAUCAGUAUCGAACGGUACAUCUCUACCUAUGCGCGGUUGAAUAUUGCUUUUGAUGAGUACUCAGGGGAAUCGACCGUGAGACCUGAAACCGUUGAGAAAGUUGAAAGGAUUCUAAAGGAGAAAGGAAUCUACGAAGAAAACCAAGGAUCGUGGAUCAUUGAUUUCAAAAAGCACGGAGCUCGCAAGCUUGAUAUUGCAAUUGUCCGGAACCGAGGCGGAACGUCAACCUAUCUUCUUCGCGACAUCGCCACUGUUCUAGAGCGGGCGGAAAAGUACGAAUUUGACAAGAUGAUAUAUGUCGUUGCUGCUGAACAGGAUACGUACUUCCAGCGUGUCUUCAAGACUGUGGAAAUCCUAGGCUACCCUGAAAUUGCGUCUAAGCUUGUUCAUAUCAAUUUCGGCAAAGUUCAAGGGAUGACAUCGCAACUUGGGGCCGUGAAACUACUCAGUGAUAUUUUGGAUAAGUGUGGCAAUUGCAUGCACGAAGUUAUGCGGGCCAACGAGGCCAAGUAUGCCCAAGUUGAGGAUCCUGAAACCGUGGCAGACAUCGUCGGUAUAACUGCAGUUGUGGCUCAAGAUAUGAGUGGAAAAAGGAUUAAUAACUAUACCUUUGACGUUACCAGAAUGACUUCAUUCGAAGACGAUACAGGACCCUUCCUGCAAUACUCACACGCGAGGCUUUGCUCGAUCAUGCGAAAAGCGAAACUAACCGCAGACGACGUUGCGAAGGCCGAUUUCUCGUUACUCAAGGAGCCUCACGCCAUUGAUAUUCUUCGUCUUGUGGCUCGAUUCCCCGAUAUGACAAGCCAGGCCUUUAAGACUUUGGAACCAACAACUGUUCUGACGUAUCUCUUCCGACAUACACAUCAAGUGUCUUCUGCGUACGAAGUGGUCAAAGUUCUGGGAGCAAACGUAGGGCCUGAGGUUAUGUUAGUUCACUUAGCCCUAUGCGAGGGCGCCCGUCAAGUGCUUGAAAAUGGCAUGCGAUUACUUGGGUUUUCUCCACUAGAAAGGUGUGCCUUUUUCCCAUCUGUGUUGUUAAUCCUCCUUGUUGCAAACCUAAUUACUCACGAGCAAGAAGGAUGUGAUUCAUUUGCUGGAUAG